AUGCCAGAAUUAGGUUCUUCAUCUACAAAUCCUUUAACCAAUAUAAAUGGUUCACAACAUACUACUCAAAGAUUAAUAGCUUUAGGAAUAUCAGUAUUUGUUUGUAUAGCGUCAGGUACUCCUUAUCUUUAUGGAGUUUAUUCACCUCAAUUAGUUAAACAAGUUGGAUUAACAGCAUCUGAUUCAGCUACUAUAUCAUUAGCAGAAAAUAUAGGUUCAGGAUUUGGUGGAUUACCUGGUGGAUUAAUUAUAGAUCAUACUGGACCUCAAAAGAGUAUAUUAAUGGGAUCAAUUUGUAUUUUAAUUGGAUAUUUUAGUAUUUAUAAAAUGUAUCAAGAAAAAUGGGGGAAUUUACUUUUAUUAUGUAUAUCAAUGAUAGCUAUGGGAUUUGGUUCAAUUACUUGCUUUUUUGCUACAUUAAAGGCAGCUCAAGCUAAUUUUCCAAAACAUAGAGGAACUGCUGGAGCAUUUCCCGUAAGUUCUUAUGGUUUAUCUGCUACAUUAUUUUCAAUUAUUGCCGCAACAUUUUUUAAAGAUGAUACUGGUGGAUUAUUAAAAUUUUUAUCAUUAUUUUGUGGUUCAGUAACAUUCUUUGGAUCAUUUUUUGUUCAUAUUUAUUUAGAUCAACAUGAUGAUCAUGAUCAUGAUCAAAUAAAUAAUCAAAUAAAUGAUGAAGAAAAUCCUUCUGAUGAAACAACGGUAAUGCUUAUGUCUGAUUCAAAUAAUAAUUUAGAUGAAUCAACUCCGGCAAUACCUUUACCUCCUCCUCCAAUUUCUGCUAAAAUGGAAAGAUCAGAUUCUUUACCUGGUUCAUUCAGAUUUUGGGGUUUAGGUUCUAGAACUCCAAGAUCUUCUGUAAGUUCACAAGCUGAAGAAGUAGCACCAUUUCUUCAAAGUAUUAGAGAUCAAUCAGCUGCUUUAUCAGCCAUAAAUGAUAAUAGAUUAUCUACUACUUCAUCAUCAACUAGUUUAAAUGCAAUUCCAACUAGAACUCCUAUAAGUAUUCCAAAACCUCCAAAAGCAAAUUUAUUUGAAGUUGUAAAAGAUCGAUUAACUGAUAGAAUCUUUUUAACUCAUUACUUUAUUGUAUCAAUUGUCAGUGGUAUUGGUCAAGCAUAUAUUUUUACAGUAGGAUUUGUUGUUACUGCCCAAUUUAAUUAUGAUGGUAAUAAAAGAGAUGUAACAGGUUUAGCUUCAUCAGCUGCUACAUUACAAGCUUUACAAGUUUCAAUUAUAUCUAUUGCAUCAUUUUCUGGAAGAUUAUUUUCGGGAUUUUUAAGUGAUUUCUUAUAUAAAAAAUAUCAUAUUCAAAGACUUUGGAUAGUUUUAGUUACUAUUGCUAUAUUAAGUAUUGGACAAUUUGUUACAAUUAUAAAUGUUCAUAAUCCUCAUUUAGUUACUUUAGCUUCAGCUAUAACUGGUGGAUGUUAUGGGCUUGCCUUUGGAACUUAUCCUGCAAUUAUUGCUGAUAGUUUUGGUACUAGAACUUUUUCAACUAGUUGGGGGUUAGUAUGUACAGGACCUUUAAUUACUUUAUUUAUAUUAAAUAAGUAUUUUGGUUGGAUUUAUGAUGCAAAUACAAAUCCUGAUGAUGGAAUUUGUUAUAAGGGAAAUGGAUGUUAUAAAGGAGCCUUUGAAGUUAGUUUUGUCUUAUGUUUCAUAGUGUUUAUUGUUGCAUCUCUUUUAAUUUAUAAACAAAGAAAGAGAUAAUAAUAUACUUUU